UGAAAAGGUGUGAACAUGAAUGUAAAUAAGGGAACCACAUGGUUGUGUCACACUAGGCUGUCACGGCUGAGUUACACAUGCGACGAAAUAGCCGAAGUGUACAUGGAACAGUCUUAGUGUGAUCAUGGCAGCCGGUCGGCUAAUAACUUUACAUGUGUAUUGCACUUGUGGGAACUUGACAAAUUUCUUCAGCGGACUUCUCACGGUUGUGAACCCGUCUCUAGUUUGUAUGUCGACAGACCUGGCUGACCUUUGAAUCAGGCGAUAAUCGCACGAUGGAACAACAAUAGAAAACGUGUGUUCCCUAGACUGGCUUAAAGCUCACGUUUGACUCUAUGGGGAAGCCACAUAUUCAUACCAAAACAUGUGUUGAGUAAUAAUUACCGUUCAGUAAUUACAUGUGUUAUAUCGAGAAAGGUUCCAUUUCGAAAUUGUGUGUUUUUAUUAUGAAGGAAACAAUUUAAACGUGAAUAAGUAAGUGCUAACAUUUGCUUACUCUACCAUUAGAACAACUUGAAAAAAACUUUUCAGUCUUGUCAACUUUGUGAUUUUGGUAUACUUUCAUGAAUGACGGAAGCCUGGAGUUAUUUUGCUGGAGAAUGGCUCGAAGACAUGGCAUUCGUAUCAGCCACUUUGCAGGUACAAUUCUGGGUUUAUUGUUUGGGGUUUUGCUUUCAUCAUGGUGCCGCCAAAGACUCUUACCUUGUUCUCCUAUGACAGGACCCUGUUGUACGGUGCAUGUAAAUUACCAUGUUGACAUCGCUGUUGAACAUAUACAAAUUCAAAAUGGACAAUUCAUUGAAAAUGGUAACAACAAUAUGAACAAUGAUGUGGAGUCUCCUAAAUCUCAAGGAUUAGACUUGUCAACUUACAUUGAUAAAGAAGAAAAAAGUUUUCUUCUAAUUGGAGUUAUCACAGCUAAGAAGUUUUUGGAUACUCGAGCAGUGGCAGCCUUCCAAACCUGGGCCCAGACUUGUGUUGGAACAUGUAAAGUCUUAUUUUUUUCAAGUGAAGGUUCAACAACGAACAACAAAAUUCCUUUAGUAGGUUUAGAUGGAGUUGAUGAUGUGUACCCACCUCAACGGAAAUCACUUUUGAUGUUAAAAUAUAUGCAUGACAAUUAUAUCGAUAAUUUUGAAUGGUUUAUGCGUGCUGAUGACGAUGUGUUUAUCAAGGGGGACAGAGUUGAAAAAUUUCUUAGAUCUAUUAACAGUUCAAAGCCACAGUUCAUUGGACAGGCUGGCAAGGGAAAAAAAGAUGAAAUUGGAAAAUUACAUUUGAGUGAGCAGGACAACUUUUGUAUGGGUGGACCAGGGAUAGUGUUCAGUCAUGAAACACUAAGACAAAUGUCACCUCAUAUUGGCAGCUGUCUCCACAACCUGAGGACGUCCCAUGAAGAUGUAGAGGUUGGACGCUGUAUCAAGAAUUACGUUGGAAUUGCAUGUACCUGGGCAUUCGAGAUGCAGCAGUUGUUUUAUCAGAACUACAAGGAAGAAAUUGGAUCAUUCCAGACAACUUUAAAGGACAAAGCUGUUCGGGUAGCACUGACCCUCCACUCAGUCAAGGAACCAAAGCAACAGUAUCGCAUUGCAAAUUACCUUCGUUCACUUCAUAUAGAGGAUCUCCACCAAAAAGAGCUCAGUCUACAAAGGGAGAUAACUGAUGUUGACAGGAUAACAGGUUUACAUAAAGGUAAUAGUGUAGUUAACAAACAGGGUCUUGCGCCGUCUGUGUUGAAGUAUUUGCCUAAGUCCGCUGAUGAAAUUCUUUCCUGGGAAUUCAUAUCUAAGUCUGUUGUUUCACACCGAGACUCCAAUCCUCGACAUGGUUUAACACUUCCCAUCAAAACGACUAUGGAGGAUGUUAUUAUCCAAAUGAUGCAAAUGGUGAAUAAAAAUGCUUGUCGAAAAGGUCGGACAAUAGACUUCAAAAGUCUGUGGUAUGGCUACCACAGGGUAAGUCCUUUAUACGGAGCAGAUUAUGUGCUCGAUUUGUUACUCACUUAUAGAAAACAUAAGGGACGUAAAAUGACCGUGCCUGUGCGAAGGCAUGCCUAUAUACAACAGGUGUUCGGUAGUAUAGAAUCCAUUGAGGAUCCAUUCACAGCACACAAACAUUCAUAUGAAUCGGAUUUUGAAUCACCGUUUCUGUACAAAGAUCUAGGUGCAGGAAGUAUCUAUGAAAAUCUACCUUCAAAAAAUAAAUUGACAGAGACCAUACAUUUCAUACUGCCUUUAUCAGGCCGCCUUCAUAUAUUCAAAAGAUUUUUAGACAAUUACGAGAAAACAUGUCUCUUAACCAAAGAGAACUGCCAGUUGCAUGUGGUUCUAUUUAAUAAAGAUAUGGAAACUAACGAUGUUGACAACCUUGUGAAUUUAGUUGGAAAGUACCAAAAACAAUAUGGAGGAUCAAGUGUAGAGUUGACAUUUGCAGACGGUCCCUUUGCUCGUGCAAAAGCAUUGGAUAUGGGGGCUGCCCAGUGUGGGAGUGAUUCUUUGCUAUUUUUUAUUGAUGUGGAUAUUAAGUUUAGUCGCGAGGCAUUAUUGAGGAUUCGUCUAAACACCAGGAAAGGUGUCCAGGUAUAUUACCCCAUAGUGUUCAGUCAGUUUGACCCUGUCCUUAUAUGCAAUAAAACACACCCAUCUUGUGAAGUGAACUGGCGAGACUUUUCUGCAGAAAUGGGGUACUGGCGUAGCUUCGGCUACGGCAUAGUAAGCCUGUAUGGAAGUGAUCUUUCCGCUGUGGGAGGGUUCAACACCUCCAUCCAGGGAUGGGGGAAGGAAGAUGUAGAUCUCUACUCAAAGUUCUGUGACAGUAAGUUUACAGUAUUCCGGACGAUAGACCCACACUUAGUACAUGCCUUCCAUCCCAUUUUAUGUGACACAAAACUAGAGGAUGCUCAGUAUCAGAUGUGUUUAGGUUCUCGAGCUUCCAGCUUCGCCUCUGUGAACAAACUAGCAAAUAUAGUAUACAACCAACCGAGAAUUCUCAAUAGGAACCAACCAGUGAUGGGACAAAGUUGAUGUUUGCUAUGCUUAGAUACAUCGUCAUCAUCACCUUUCUCAUCGUCAUUUCCGUCUUCAUUUCUACAUCUACAAAGUCAUCACAGCCAUGAAUGCCAUGUCUACAAAUCCAUGCCAUUAUCAUUGUAUUGAUAUGUUUUUAUAAUUGUUUUUUUUACAUACAGUUAUAUGUUUCCUUGUAAGCUUUAUAUGUGAUGAUAAGAGAUUGACCUUGAUGAACCUCAAUAGAUGUUUUUUUCUUAAGUUAUGUAAAAUUGUGUUUUGUUAAGUUGUUCAUGUGUGGAUGUUCAUUGUAUUGCAAGGAAACAUCAGGUAUAUAAAUAAUA